AUGCCUGAACUUGGUCACCGUCCCUGGUUCAACAAGUCCUCAAAAGUCUCUCGAGUCGAGCCAACGAGCGGCGACCACGUUGGAUCCAAACUGCAAUCCAGUGUCGAGACUAGCGAGGGGUUGCAGAAUCCCCCGCCAGUCCCUCUAUUUCCGGAUGGGGUCGAAGUGUUAUACGAGUGCCCUAAGGCAGCGUUUGAUAUCUGCUUUAUCCACGGUUUGACUGGAGAUCGACGAACUACUUGGACCGCUCCAAAAAGUACCUGGACUGCAAAUAAACAGCCAGCUCCAUGGCCACAAGAGCUUUUCCCUGCUGAAAUCACCACUCGAGCUCGUAUAUUGACUUACGGCUAUGAUGCCUAUGUUUUGCGAAAGUCCGUCGCAUCAUCAAAUCGGCUGAGGGACCACGCUACGAAUCUCCUGAAUAACUUGACGACAGAUCGAGCCUCUUGCAACGCAUCAUCAAGACCCUUGAUUUUCGUUGCACAUAGCCUAGGCGGUCUUGUCUGCAAGAUGGCCAUACUCCUUUCCCGAAAUAACCCGGACACCCAUCUCCGAGGACUCUUUACUUGCACAAAGGGUGUCAUAUUCAUGGGAACACCUCAUAAGGGCUCGUGGAUAGCUGAUUGGUCCCGGAUUCCCGCCAAAGCUUUGGGGAUUAUGAAGUCUACCAAUAAGGGUUUGUUGACGGUACUGGAGACUGAGAAUCAAUUGAUACAGUCCCUCCAACUUGACUUCAUGAACAUGCUGCGUGAAUCUGGGAAUCUCGAAGUGACGUGCUUCUACGAGGAGCUGCCUCUGCCUAUGGUGGGACAAGUGGUGUGCAAGGAAUCGGCAACCCUAGAUGGGUAUAACUCCAUCGGUAUCCACGCCAAUCAUAGUGCCAUGGUAAAAUUUGCCUCCAAGGAAGAUAAUGGAUACAAAAGCUUGCUCGGCGAGCUUCAGAGAUGGAUGAAUGAAAACGGCGUUGAUUCGGGUCGGUUAGCUGCUGGAACAGAUGAAAACAAAGAUUUGACGGUCGACAGCUCGCCCUUUGUGUUUAACAAUUAUGGGGCCGGUUUGAUAAACACGAACAAUGGUUCAGCUGUUCAAUAUAACUCCUUUGGCAGUGGUAAUAUGUUCAAUGGCCCCAUCUAUGGCUUACAGCUUCCUUCACGACAACCCCAUUAA